CAUGGCGGAAGGAGAACCACCUGCAGUCCCCGGUGUUAACGGGUCAAUACAUAUUUGUGAUUUUCCAGGGGGAACAGAGUCACCGGAAUCACAUGAGGAAGAAAGCUCGCAGUCUUCUGCAGCGCAGUAUAACCAGGACCUCAAAAGUGUUCUGGUCACCAGCGUUUUAAACUUGGAAGAGCUCGACGUAGACCUGUACAGAGGGACUCACCACUGGGUGCCACGCAGUCAGCGUUUGUUUGGAGGUCAAAUAAUUGGUCAGGCCCUUGUUGCUGCUGCCAAGUCUGUCAGUGAUAAUCACUACGCCCACUCUCUCCACUGCUACUUUGUGCGAGCAGGGGAUCCUAAGGUUCCAGUGCUGUACCAAGUAGACCGCACAAGAGAUGGUCGCAGUUUCACAGUGCGCUCUGUGAAGGCCAUUCAGCAUGGACAGCCAAUACUGAUCUGCCAGGCAUCCUUCCACAUGCUACAGCCAAGUCCCCUGCAGCACCAGUUCACCAUGCCGGUGGUCCCCCCACCUGAAGACCUGCUCACUGUGGAGGAGCUUAUUCGUCUUUAUUUGAGUAAACCAGACCUAGGAGAGAAAUCUAGACAAGGCCUUAAUAAGCUGCUGGCUAAUGAGGUCCCCAUUGAGAUGAAGCCAGUCCAGCCACCACACUUUUACAGACUGGCAGCAGUAGAGCCGAGGACGCUGUUCUGGGUACGAGCACGAGGAUAUAUUGGUGAAGGCAACAUGAAGCUGCAUUGCUGUGUUGCUGCUUAUGUAUCAGACUUUGCAUUCCUGGGCACAGCUCUGCUGCCUUAUCCCAACUACAAAGCCCAGUUCGCAGCCUCCCUGGAUCAUGCCAUGUGGUUCCACAGCACUUUCCGCAGCGAUGAGUGGAUGCUGUAUGAGUGUGAGAGCCCAUGGGCAGGGGGCAGUAGAGGACUGGUUCAAGGCAGACUGUGGAGAAGAGAUGGGGUGUUGGCUGCGUCAUGUUCCCAGGAGGGGGUCCUGAGAGUGAAAGCAGUCACAGAGCCCAGCAAACUAUAAAGACAUUCCUAAGAGUUCCAUUCAUCCAUCCAUUUUCUUCCGCUUAUCCGGGACCGGGUCGCGGGGGCAGCAGUCUAAGCAAAGAUGCCCAGA